GGCCCUGCAACGCGUUCGGUGUCGUGGUCGUGCUUCUGCAUCCAUUCGCUCCCCGCAGAAUUGUCGUCGCUGAGAUUUGGUCGGAGACUUGGGGAAUUUGCGUCUUGUAAGGAGAUUGGAAGAUACAAGCGGAUGAAAUUUCAGAAACACUCGUUUGAAUUUUUUUUAAUUGUCACGAAUUCUUAGUCGAAAUGGACGAAGUUCUGUCAGCCCCGGGAUUGGCGAAUUUGUGGAGAUUUGCAAAAUAUUGGUCGGGCCAGACGGAGGAGAAUUGACCCUUAUUUUUUUUCGCCUUUUGUUCGCGGAUUGUCCUCGGGCUUUUCUACACCGUUCAGUCUACCCUUGUCGAAAUGCAUAGUGUCGGGGAGGUGCUGGAGAAGCUUCCUCCUAAGCAUCAGAAGGAGCAGGCCGCCCUUGUCGCAAGUUAUAAGGCCUCCUACGAGAAAUGGCAUUUCCAAUUGAGGUCCGGAUUUGGGCUACUGAUGUACGGGUUCGGGUCCAAAAAAGCCCUGCUGGAAGAUUUUGCGACAGCAGUCCUUGUCGACGGGCCAGUUGUGGUGGUCAAUGGUUAUCUUCCCGUUGUAAGAAUGAAAAAUGUGGUCUUCACAAUCGCAAGUGCUCUUUGGGAAGAAAAUUGCGCGCAAGCGUCCGGCUCUGCGAAGAGGAGGAAGUCCAUUACAGGGCAACCCCUGCUCACUCAAACUUUGGAAGAUCUAUUGACUUUCAUACAAGGAAAAUCCGAGAGUGAUUGUGUGUAUGUAAUCGUCCACAACAUCGAUGGACCUGGCGUUCGCGACGAUGAUAUCCAGCGAACUCUGGCUUUAGUUGCUGCUUGCCCUUGUGUGCGUUUCGUUGCAUCAGUCGACAACGUCAAUGCUCCUCUGUUGUGGGAUAAGCAGAUGGCAAAUACGCAGUACAACUGGUGGUGGCAUCACACUCCUACAUAUGACGAUUAUUCUGUCGAGGGAAUAUAUCUACCGGUCCAUUUGGCUGCUGGUGGAUCUCUAGAAACCAUUAAGAGCGCCUCACUCGUUUUAAGGAGCUUAACCCCAAACGCCCAAAGUGUAUUCAAAGCUUUAGCAGACUUUCAGCUCGCCCACCCUGAGGAUAAAGGUCUGCCUCUUCAUCAGCUCUACUCAUCGUGUCGCGACCAGUUUUUGGUCAGUAGUGAGUUAACUUUGAGAGCACAUCUGACAGAGUUUAAAGACCAUGAGCUGGUGCGUUGGAGGAGGGGACAUGAUGGCCAAGAUUGCCUCUUCAUACCACUGACAGUAGAUGCCUUGAGUAAGUUACUGCAGGAUGUAUAUCAAUAAGACCUAUUUCCACGAUGGCUUAAAAGUCUCCUUUACAAGACUUCACUUGACACUAGAUCCAAGACGAGAGGACAGGUCAAAUAACAACUAGUAAGCAGUAUAUAUGGAUCUGUCACUAAUGUAUAGUAUAUGCCCGUCUUUCCAUACAUGAAGCCACUUGGCUACUUCACCCUAGCAAUCAGUUGACAACUCUACCUCCCCAGUGAGUACUUUUGAGCAAACCGUCAUCUUGUGGAAAGCGGUGAAAGAUUUUCCGAGGAUCGAGGAAACUUGACCCUGGCUACAAUUGUUGGUUUGGUCUGAUAUAUCUAGCUUGAAGAGGAUUUAGAUUGAACUCGCCCCUCGCGGCUAGUAGGUCAGUCUCACUGGUUCAGACACGCCGAAUGUAUCAAGCUAUUAUCACUUGGCAAGACUCCAGUCGUACUUAAUGAGAAGCAAGAACGGUUCCAUCGCU